AUGGGCCAAAAUGCGACUAUCCGGAAUAGGUAUGAUCUGCGGUUGAGCUUUGAAGAGUCAGUUUUUGGAGUUAAACGGGAAAUCGAGGUUUCUUAUUUAGAAACGUGUGAUGGUUGUGGAGGAACAGGUGCUAAAUCCAGUGAUGCCGUUAAACAGUGUAGCAGUUGUGGUGGUAAAGGACGUGUGAUGGAAAGUCAGAGAAGACCCUUUGGAAUCAUGUCUCAGGUUUCCACUUGCUCCAAAUGUGGUGAUGAUGGCAAAAUCAUCACUGAUAAGUGUCGAAACUGCAUUGGCAACGGGAGACUCAGACUACAGUCUAGAAAAAAAUUGCAUGUUGUUGUUCCUCCUGGUGCCACAAUGAGGAUUCAAGGAGAAGGUACAGGAGAAUCUGCUGUUUUCGACUUAUUUCCUGAUAUGUAUUAUUACUCUGGUACUUGUUUUCUCAAUAAGGUUUCUAAUUUCUGCAGUGGACGAGCUGGUGAUCUGUUCAUCGUGCUUCAAGUUGAUGAGAAGCGUGGAAUUAAGAGAGAAGGCCUUAAUCUAUACUCCAAAGUCAGCAUCGAUUUCACCGAUGCAAUACUCGGGGACGUCACAAAGGUGGAAACGGUUGAAGGAACAAUGGAUCUUCGGAUUCCACCAGGAACUCAGCCUGGCGACACUGUGAAAUUACGUCGGAAAGGAGUUUUCCAGACACGGAUAGACCAUCAAUCCGAGGAGACCAUUGCUUUGUAG